AUGAAACCGAAGCGGUCUACAAGAGUAGGCUCACGAAGGAGCGCUGCCAGCAAUACACGGCACCUGGUUUCUUCCUCUUCCCUUGGUCAACAAGUCGAGGCUCUGAGAACUCGGGCGGAUAACCUCAGCGUUGAUGAUCUUCGGGAAAUCGGGCGCCAAAUCGAGCUUGCCCUCCCUGGCGAGGCGGACCUGCGUGAAGUAGGUCUGCACCGCACUGUGCGGGCAGUUCUGCUACCGCUCGUGGCUCAGCCCGGUUUCGCCAAGAAGAGGAAAGGCUAUAGGCAGCACCUUGUGCACGCCCUUGCCGAGGCCGCCUCCGGCCCUGUGCCUCCCUCCGCGCUGCUGCCUAUCCUUCGGGCCAAAGAAACCGGCCCUGCGGCGACCGACCUUACCCUGGAAAUCCUUCAGCGAAUCAUACGGAAGGCAGACGAAGGCGGCGGUGGUGGAAGCAUUCGCAGCAAUGACACAUCGAAGAAUGCAGUUAUCGACCUGCUGCACCACGUGGUGGCUGAGGUGGUCACGUCUGGGGUGACCAAGGGCGGGAGGCGCGGGGCCAAGGGGCCGCCGGCGCAUUUGAUAUCCUUCCUGGUGAACGCAUUCUCAACCCUACCUGAGUACGCUCUGGUAUUCGCCAAGGACCUGCUCGUCCUCACGGAAUCCAGCUCGAGCCCUGCCAGGAAAAUGUCUCUUGCCAUUCUGGCGUCAAUCCUCGGGCAUGGGCGGGAGUUGGGGGCGCAGUGCGGGGGAACGAUCCUGGACCCAGCUCUGGCGGCGGUGCUGCGUUUGUCCCGAUCUGAUGGCGACGCGACCGUCCGGAGCUCGGCGUUCGACAGCGUUGCAAAAUUUAUCGGCGAGGUGGAAUCGACGUUAUAUCGCCAACGUCUAGAUGACGAUGACGACACUUCCAGUGACCUCGACGAUGGCACACCGAGCGGCGAUGUGCUUGCCCACCAGCAGCCUCGAAAUACAGCAGAAACGUUGACCGACGACGAUAGCACCGGCAGUGGUGCUGGCGGUGGCCGCGGCGUGACACACGGCGCACGAGCGACGGAAACGAUGGAGAUGGAGAUUGCACCAAGGGGAGACGGCGCGGCCAAUCAUGCCGGGGACGCAGACGCUUGUCCUCUGUCAGAGAAACGUCCGUCGGCUACGGCAAGAACGCCGGCGGCGUGUACGCAAAUGGGCGCGAUGCAUGGUGCGACCAGCGGAAGGCAGAGCGGGGAGGGGGACACGCCGGUGACCUCCCGACAGCACACGACCGGUCAUGCACAUCGUGAGACGAGAGAAGCCGGUGCCGCCAGCGAGGGAAAUCGUGGGCAAAGAAGGAAGGCGAAGGUCUCAGCGGGUCCGUGGGCGGUGGGGGGGGCACUCCAGUCGUCACUGUCGGCUGCAGCUGAGGCCCUGCUGACUGAUGGGUCCAAGGCUGUUCGGGCGAAAGCGUUGGCCUGUUUGCUUCGUAUCCUAGAGGUUCACGGGGGCACAAUCAAGCCACGCGGGGCUUCUUGCGAAAACACCACAGGGGAUAAGGCGGGCUCGGCAGCAGCACCGGGAGUGUCGAGCAGGGUGGAAACGAUACUCUCGGCGGUGGCCAAAGGCGCAUUGGCGGCUCUCGAACCCCUGGCAGGCGACAACACUGGCGGACCUACUAUACAAGCGUCUCUCAACUCCACUGGGGGGGGCGGGAGGCACCGCAAAGCCGCCGAUACCGCCCGAGCCCUCUUGGUCCUGCCCUGCAUAGAGUCCAGCCCGGUGGACCUUGUCAUGUGCUACGCUCGUUGCAGGGUCGCUCCUGGAGUGGGAGAGGGGGAAGCAGUAGGGGCAACGGAGGCGAAGAGAGCCCUUAGAGAAAUUGCUCAAGCGACCUUCUGCGCCGAUAUCCGCAAGCUUUGGAAAGCCGUGUCAGUCAUCAUGGCGGCGGACGAGCGACGACAAGGCCUAGAGGAUGGCAGCGCGAACAUAGACUUCGCAGAUACAACGGAGGGCGCAAGUUUCCCUCUCUCCGAGGUUCUUUGCGAGGUGCUCGCCGGAGUAGACAGCGGAGCCAUCGCGUCAUUGCUAUGCGACGCGCUGGAAGCGUAUGCCGCCGAGGACGAGAUUGCACCACGCGACCGCGAUGGUGCAGCAGCCAGUGCCCCGGUUCUGUUGCGGACGCUGGCCCUACUCGCGGAGGCGACCGGCCACGCCAAGAAUGGGGUCGAUGAGCGAAACGGUGCCAGGCAGCCCGGCGGAAGCAGCAACCGAGAGAGGCUUGCCGGAAGGAGCGGCCAGCACGGGGCAGGUGACGAGGAGGAGCAGCUUCGAACUCUUGCGGGAAGCCAGGGGCUGUUCUGGCGCAGGCUUGAGCAGCGGAUGGAGGACAUUGAGCGCGAUAAACGAGGAGAAGAAACUGGAGGGCGGGGAGUAGAAGGGGACCGCGGGCAACUUCGCCGUCGGGGUGUGGGGGUGUCGGUCGAACAGUACCACGGUGGCGGCGGAGGUGGUCAUGGCCAUCGAUCGGCGGCAUCAGAUACUAUUUCCGAGCUGUCCGAGCUGUUGCGCAUGUUCCAGCUUUUGGCCACGCGUUCCCUGCUCUCGCCCGAAAAUGGCGCCGCUCUUGAGGCCCUCGUUUUCCCCGCUGCUCUUUCUAGACGAAGGGCCUGCGACUACGUGAGGCUGAUCGGCGUGCUGGCCAGAGAAAACGCCUCCUUCAUCGCCGCCCACAUUCGAGAGCAGUACAGCGCAAGAUGCUUGUCACGACCAGGGGAAGAAGAGUCGGCGGAGAACGGAGAAGAUGACUAUAUGGCGGGAGUGUCGAAUAGGGAGGCCAUGGGCGCGGCGACGACGGCAGAGGAGGGGGAGGAGGACGGCGAGGAGGACGAGCUUCGAGAGAAUGGUUCGGCUUCGGCCGGUGGCGCUGCCGACGGGGAUUGUGGUGGAGCUAGAGUUGGCAGUAGGGGUGAUGCACAAGACGAAAUGCAAUACCGUAUGGCCCAGCAGGACGGCGGGAAGGUAGAGGCGACGGUUUUCCGCGAGGAUGUAGGGCAAGAUCGGGGGGCUACCGCUGCUGCUGGUGUUUCUCUACCCGCGUCGUCGUGUCCCCGGGCUCUUUGCACGGAGGCCUUGUGGGCACUGUCGGAGUAUGCCGUGCUCAGUGCUGGGCUCGCGGCGGCAGAGGUGCUGCCGCUGGCGGAACGCUUGGCCAGCGACACUCUGGAGCACCCACAGGUUCGCAACGCCGCGGUUGGCGUGCUGACGAGGAGGGAGCUUGCCACCGACGAGAUCGCCGCUCACGCAUGCAGCCUGCUCGAGGACGAGAACCCUUGUCUUCGCCGGGAAGUCCUCGUCAGGCUAGGUCAGCUCAUCAAGGAGAGCAGGUGCCUCUUCGAGACGUACUUCACUCUCGAUGCCGAGGAAGCGGUCAAGCGGAAAGUGUUGCAGCGCCUCGUCGCCGUGGCUCGCGAGGCGGCGCCGGGACAGGGGCUAGAGUCUCUCGGCAGCGCCCUCGUGCGCAAAGUAGCGGAGGCGGGGGACUCGGAAGCGGCCUUCUUUUUGUCUCUGGUCCCGCCGACGGUGAACUCUUUUGAGGCUGCGGAGGUCGCGCAUAGGCGAGGGCAGUUGGCUCAAUCACCUCACGGGACGAUAUCCCUCGUCGCAGCACACUUCUCAAGAGGAGCACAGCGAGGAGCCGGAUCAUCUUUGGCAACUACCGCUUCCAUUGCCGGGAGAGGUGGCGGGGCCCCCUUGUCGAAAGCACAGGCGCUCGAAAUGGCAGCCCGGAUCGGAUCGCUUACCUCCCGGGUGGCUAGUGCCAGUAGAUCCUCUCGCCGUGCCAAGGUUGCAGCAGCAACCGCCACAGGUGCGGCCGCCAGGAACACGACGCCCGCCGCACGACCACGCCGUGAGAAGAAGACCGAGCAAGCAGCGGCAACGCAAGGCGGACAAGGGGACGAUAGUGGCAGCGACGAUGACUCUUUGAUCUCGGUUGUUGAGUGCCAGCGGGGAGGCAGAUACACGGGAUUGCGGGGGUCCGACAAUGGUGCCCGCAAGAAGGGCGGUGGAAGCAGAAAGGGCUCGAAGAAAAGGAGGAGGGACCGCGAGACGUCGAGAACUCGUGCCGGUGGUGCCGGUGGUGGAAAGGCGAAUGCGAAAGCGAACAGAGAAAAGAACGAUGACCGCAUGGAUGCGUCUGUAGAGGAUGACGGGCACGAGCAAGGGGAGGAAGACGAGGAGGAGGAAGAGGAGGACGAGGAGGAGCAGUGGCAGGGGUAG